AUGAAUGUUGUCAUCAUGCACCCCUGCAAACACUCUCUGAUCUCCUGUGGGGAGGAUCACCUCUGGAAAGUAGUGGGCCUCCCAAAAGGCCAGGUACUUCUCAUGGGAUAUGGCCACACUGACUGGCUGUCUGACUGUUGCUUCGAUCCCAGUGGUGACAAGUUGGCAACCUCAAGUGGUGACACUUCAGUUAAAUUAUGGGACCUAUCUACAGGCAAAUGCGUUUUGACCUUUGAAGGACAUACCCACACAGUUUGGUCAUGCACGUGGCAUUCCUGUGGUGACUUUGUGGCUUCUGCCUCACUGGACACAACUAGUAAAAUCUGGGAUGUUAAUAGUGAAAGAUGCAGAGGUACCUUGUGUGGCCAUACAGACUCUGUGAACAGCAUUGAGUUUUUUCCUUUCUCCAACAUUCUUCUUACAGGCUCUGCAGACAAGACCCUGUCUAUAUGGGAUGCAUGAACAGGCACUUGUGAGCAGUCACUCUAUGGGCACAUGCAUUCUAUCAAUGAUGCCAUCUUCAGCCCUACAGGUCACAUGAUAGCAUCCUGUGAUGCCUGUGGGGUUAUAAAGCUAUGGGACUUUCGGAAGCUUUUACCAGUUGUGUCCAUUGAUGUAGGUCCAAGUCCUGGCGAUGAGGUGAAUUUUGAUUCAUCAGGUAGAGUUUUAGCUCAAGCGAGUGGCACUGGGGUCAUACACUUGCUAGAUCUUAAAUCGGGGAAGAUUCACAUAUUGGUGGGCCACCAGAGCGAGGCACACUCGGUGGUGUUUUCUCACGAUGGAGAUCUGUUUUCAGGAGGCGCUGACGGCACAGUUCGAAUGUGGUCUUGA